AUGGUUUUACAACAUACUUUAAGUGAUUUCUCGUUUAUUGAGAGGGCAGUUAUAGAAGGGUGGGUUUGGUUAUGGUUUCUCCAGCGGGUAUGGUCAGCCGAUAGAUUUGCUUGUUUACGAUGGUAUAGGAUACGUAAAUUCGAUUUAAAGUCAAACAUAACAUUAUUAAUUCUCUUGAUGUUGCCUGUUCAAUUUAUAUUUGAUAUUUCAUGGACGUAUUUAAAAUACAAGGAAGGUGAUAUGGUAGAUACUACGUCGGGUAUAAUAAUUUCCAAACCACCAUUUUACCUUGUUGACGGUCAACGAGUACAGGCUUGGUCGAAUGAACAUAUAUUAUUAAAGCAAAUUACAGAAUAUAUAUUAGCCUGUAGCUUUGCUUUUCAAACCGGUACUUUGGCUCUUUUGCAGGCAUUUUGGAGUCAUUUGGCCGAUCAAAUAGGAGGUAGACCUUUUAUGCAAUCUUGGGAAUUUAAAUUUUAUAUCGGUUGGGUCUUUACUUCUAUGGUUAUCUUCCCAUUGGCGAGAGGACUUACGGAUAAAGAUAUUAUACUCGUUGAAAAUGUUAUUCAAUUGAUUUACGCUAUCGAAUUAUUUGUUAUCUUCUUGCUUGGAAUUCGAAAUGAACAAAGGCUGAAGAAUUUACUUAUAAAUAUACGGAAUCAAGGUUCACCAUCAGGACAAUGGGCAAUCAUUCGAAUUCAAUAUUUCAUUGAAAUGAAUAAAUACUUGAUAUUUGGAACUUUAAUGACAAGCAUCGGUAUUUUAGUUAUUUGUACUGACGCGGUUAGUAGAAUUUAUAAUAUUUCACAUUCAAAAUUAUUGAUAGAUUUAUUUAUCAUAAAUACAAAUGGUGGAAGUUUGAUAUUAUGGGUCACAAUGAUUUUAAUCAUCUACCCUCGUUAUUAUACGGAUGUGGAAAUCGAAGAAAGAUUGAGAAGUAUGAACCUUCAAAGCUCAGAUCUUGAACUUAGGAUAGCCCAAAGACCUAAUAUUGGAAAAGAAGGCCGGAAAGUUAAACUGAUAACUAACUACCUUAAAGUCAAGAAAUUUCCGGAUAUUUUAUUAUAUCAAUAUAGCUUCGAUGUUUCUCUUAAGGUUAAUAAACAAACUAUCGAUAAGAUUUAUUCUACCUUCGCUGAUAAGAACGGUUUCGAAAAUUUCUUUGCCGUGUUUGAUGGAAAUUCCUCGAUUUAUUCUGCCUUACCUUUAACUUUAAUAAAUGAACGAAAAGGAAAUGGUUCCAUGAUUACCGUACAAAGCAAUGGCGAUGGGAUUGCAAGGAAAUCUUAUGAAGUUACGAUUCAAUUUAUACAAUGCUUAAGCCUUGAUCAACUUAGGAAUUACAUUACAAAUCAAGGACCAAUAACUAGUUCGGUUAUUCAGUGUUUAUCUGCAUUGAACUCGUAUAUCAACUUUAAUACUCGUCAGAAAUACCUCACGGCCGGCAAAGGUAUUUAUCCUCCCAAUAAUCAAAUAAUAAUCUUAUCAGGAGGCGUUGAAUUGAAGCAAGGAUUUUAUCAAUCAUUACGUCCUGGAUGGGGCGAUUUAUACAUUAAUGUUGAUCUUUGCGCAGCAAUUUUUUUCCCUUUUGGUCUUUUAAUUGAGGUGAUAUGCAAACAUUUGUUGAAACGUAAUGCACAAGAACUGCAUGUUCAAGGAAUGAAUAAUCGUGAAAUAAAUGUUUUAUCAUGGUACCUAAAAAAUGUAAAUAUCGAAGCAAUACACAAUCGCAAUCGAAAAUCUAUGUAUAAAAUCCGACGCGUUACGAAAGAGCCGGCAGAUAAACUUAUGUUCCAUAACGAAGGAGAGAACAGAGAUAUGUCUGUUGCCGAAUAUUUUUAUAAUACAUAUAAAAUUAAACUAGUAUUCCCAAAUCUACCAUGCGUGCUGGUUAAUCGGAACGUUUUCUUUCCCAUUGAACUCUGUUAUGUUCUGCCAAACCAACGCUUCGAAGGUCGAUUGGCAGACGUUACGCUCGCCGAUAUGAUCAAACAUACAUGUGUAAAGCCUCAAGAAAGAUUUCAACGAAUCUCGAAUGCUAUAUCAACCAUUUUCCAACAUGAUAAAGAUUCACACCUCGAGUCAAUCGGCAUGAAAGUUGACUGCAGCAAAAUGGUGGUCCUUAAUGGACGUGUACUUGAUCCUCCUCGUUUAACUUAUAGUGAACAAAUACAACAACCAGAAUUUACUCCUGAAAAUGGACGUUGGAACAUUAUGAAUAAAGUCGUUUGUCAGGGUGCUACUUUAAUAAACUGGUCCGUGGUUGUUUUUGCUCGAGAACGUUUCGCCCCGCAACAAUUAGUGAGAACAUUCAUGAAACGAUUUCGUGAAAUGGCCAAUCGAAAAGGAAUGAACAUCUCGAGUGAACCUUACAUUAUGUAUUCGAAUCCUCUUGGUGACAUUGCUUCGGCGUUGAGCAUUGCAUGUCACAACUCACUAAUCAACAAGGAUUACCCUCCACAUAUUAUUAUGUGUAUUUUAGGAGAAUCGGGACCAUUAUAUGGAGAAAUUAAAAGAAUUGGAGAUACACAAUUAGGUAUUCCAACUCAAUGCGUUUUACUCAAAUUAUUAACAAAAACAGGUGGAAUGGAUCAAAUUUGUGCAAACAUUACAUUGAAAAUGAAUGCAAAAUUGGGCGGAAGAAAUGUAAUGUUGUCCAAUGAUCAGAUUAAUUUUGUAUCAUCAGAACCAACAAUGAUAUUUGGUGCUGACGUUUUCCAUUCUGGUAAAGGGGAUCAAAGACCAAGUAUUGCAGCUGUUUGUGCUACAAUGGAUUCAAAAGCUACAAAAUAUACUGGAAGGUUUAGUGUUAACAAGGAUCCUCGAAAUGAAAUUAUCGAAGACCUCAGAGGAAUAGUAAUAGAUUUACUUCGUGUAUUUUACUUGAAAAAUCAAGAUUUGCCAAAAAAAAUUUUGUUUUAUCGGGAUGGAGUUGGUGAGAAUCAAUUUCAACACGUAUUGAACUACGAAGUAAAAGCGCUUAAAGAAGUCUUUGCUAGUAUUUACAGGAAUUCCGGACCUAAAUUAACAUUUAUCAUAGUUCAAAAAAGACAUCAUACUAGAUUUAUGCCAACCGAAUCACACGAUGGAGAUAAAUUGGGGAAUUGUCGUCCGGGGACGGUUGUUGACACGACAAUCCUUGUUCAACAAGGGUUCGAUUUCUUCUUGCAAUCUCAUUCCAGCCUGCAAGGAACAUCCCGACCAAUUCGUUAUAACGUUCUUUAUGAUGAAAAUAAUUUCUCUGCAGACGAAAUCCAAACAUUAACCUACCGAUUAUGUUAUCUAUCUGCUAGGUGUACGCUUUCAAUUUCAUUGGUUCCACCAGUUUACUACGCUCAUCUGAUUGCUAAUCGCGCGAAGCAUUAUUAUCGUUGGGGAGGAGAGAGUGGAUCAGACAACAGCAGAGAAAGCGGAAUUAGUGUUGGAUCAAUUGAAGAAGUCAAGAAUGGAUUGGCAAAUGCUAUGUUUUUUGUUUAA